AUGUCAGCUACGGGGCAACCUUAUACCGAUGGCCCCUUCGCCGGACCCCCAUUAUCACCUUCUAUCGAUCCUCAAGACUUGCCUCUGACGACGGCGUGGCUUGACUUCAAAGAGAUUCCCGAGCCAAGCACGAAACGGAUGACCAGUGACCAAUUUCAGCGGCUGAUCGAGGCCCGAAUCAAGCAGGCGACCCAACCCAGUCCCCGCGGAUCAACGCCAGAUUUGGCCGAAUCAUCAGCCCUUGCGCCACCCUCCAACGGCGUACUGAAAGACGUAUAUCUGGAGGGGACGAGUAACGGACCCAAGCUAAGCAGUGAGGCAUCUCUGAAGGAUAGAGUUGGUGCCGACGACAUUUUUGCCCCGUUGGCUGACCUGCUUGACCCUCUGGUGGGGGAACUGGCCAUGAGGAUUGUCCGCAGUUAUCUCGAUUCCCAACCGCUGGAAAUGCAAGGCGAGCUGUGCACAAUAAUGGUCCGGGAUCUCAUGGCGGAGUUAUCAGCGGAUGGAGCUGAAAUGUGCGACGAGACAACACUGGAAGCCACAACAUUGCGCACGGCGAUGGAGAUUCUGAUUGACAAGGACGACCUUGUGGACGAUGUGGACAAUCCUCUAUUCAGGGAUCUGAUGUUGAAACUGCACGUGUAUUGUCAGACGAAUGGCAUACGACUUCUGUCACUGCCUGAAUAG